AUGUAUGGAUUCCACCAUCAAAGAAACCUAAAUAAAAAUCAAAGAUUAAAUUUUAAAACAAACGAGAUCAUUCAAAAUAAAAUAUUUAAAAUCAAUUCUUUAAUUUUAAUUUUUGUAAACUCUGUGAAUUCACAGGCAAUCGAAUAUAACUUUGAGACUGCCUUCCAAAACUAUGUUGAAGCUUAUGGAAAACAGUAUACAAGCCAAGAUUACCAAAAUGCAUUCAAAGCAUUCAAGGUAAAUUUUGAAAAGAUUCAACAAGUCAAUGCCAAAUGGGAAGGAUCCAAUGUCCAUAUUGAAUAUGUAGAGACACCAGCUACCCUAAGAUCUUUGUCUGAUGUGGCAAACGAACCAGUCAUUUCAUUCCCCUCUGAAAACAUACAGACGAUGGAUUUAAAUACAUUCAGUGAUUUAACAUAUGAGGAAUUCGCAUCAACUUUUACUGGUGCUGAUGCUGCUUUUGCUCCAGCCGUUGCCGGUGCUGCUACAGCAGUACUCUCCACUGGUGCCAUCAUUGGUAUUGCAGUUGGUGGUGGUUCUGCUGCAAUUGCAGUUGCCGCUGGUAUUACAGUAGCCGUCAAGAGAAGAAAGAGAAAUCAAGUUGAAUCAUCCUCAACUCCAGAGGUUGAGAUGAAGACAACUCCAAAGGGUAUUGAUAUCUUCAAAUGGAGAAGAUCCAAACAUCAAUCUAUCACUGCUCGUGCAAUGCCAAUAGACAAACAAUAA